UCGCAGCAGAAGCUCUGUGGUGCUGUCUUACCUCUCUCUCUCUCUUUCUUUUGCUUCCCUCCAUCUGCUCUCGCUCUCAUUCUCUGCUGCGCUUCAGCUCAAACAUGGCAGACGUUUUUAUCGGCACGUGGAACUUGAAGGAGAGCAAGAAUUUCGAUGAGUACAUGAAAGGAAUCGGUGUUGGCUUUGCCACGCGUCAAGUUGCCAAUAUGACCAAACCCACAACCAUCAUCUCCAAGGAGGGCGACGUUUUCACACUUAAAACCGUCAGCACUUUCAAAUCCACAGAAAUCAAUUUCAAACUUGGAGAGGAGUUCGACGAGACCACUGCAGAUGACCGAAAAGUCAAGUCUAUUAUAACUUUAGAUGGAGGGAAGUUGUUGCAUGUUCAGAAAUGGGACGGUAAAGAGACGACCCUGCUCCGAGAAGUCAGUGACAAUAACCUCACUCUGACGUUGACACUUGGCGACGUCGUCUCCACACGACACUACGUAAAAGCAGAAUAAAGGGAAAGCUGAGCCUCAAUCCGUCCUCAUCAAUGGUUAUGUACAUGUCCAAUGGUUUUUCUGUGGUGUUCAUGCUGUCCUUUGCACCAUUUCCCAAACACUGAAUAAAUUCCAACUUCCAAACCUCCAGAUUUCUGUAUAUGAUCUUGUAUUUCUGGGUGUAUGACAUGCCCGGCGGUCAGUGUUAUUAUAAAUACGCAUUUGGUCUACAAUAAAUAUGACUUUUGCUCCAAA